AUGCUGCGACGACAGAACAGGCUGCACAUAGUCGAUUUCCACAGACUAUCAACUCGACGCCAGCGCUAUCAAUGCUCCCUUUGCCAAAUUGAACAGUCAGCCACAGCAGACUUAAUCAACACAGUCGUCCGACUCACCGGCCGACAGUCAGCCCGGCCGUGCGAUAUGCGGCCAGUCUUUCGUCCGAUCAGCAGCUGCAGCCGCCAAAUUCCCACGCUUCCGGCGGACGAAGCUGUUCUAAGCUCCGGCCAGCUCUGGCGUCUUUUAUCGAGCGGCCGUCAACUUUCUCACGUUUGGCCGCCGACUUGUCCGGUCAGCCUCCAAGCCCAAACCGCCCGGUCGUCCAUCGUCCACUAG